AUGACGGCCACAGAGGGUACCACCACUCAUGCUUCUGAGGAGGCCAGACCCCUAAAGAUCUUGAUAGUUGGUGCUGGUAUUGGUGGAUUGACCGCAGCCAUUGCACUGCGCAACCACGGCCAUGACAUUCAAAUAUUUGAGCAAUCGCAUCUGGCCACGGAGACCGGGGCAGCCAUUCACCUAGCCCCUAACGCAAAUGGCCUCCUUAGACGUCUGGGAAUUUUUGCAGAACAGUUUGGCGCCAACCUCAUGGAACGACUCACAGAGUAUAGCGCGACGGGAGAAGUGCAGCGAGAGAUGGACCUCAAGGAAGCGAAUAAGAGGUGGCAACAUCCCUGGCUUCUCGCGCACCGAGUUGAUCUCCACCGCAACUUGAAAAGAAUAGCCACAACUGCCACGAAAACCCGCGAUGCAAUCCCUCUUCGAACAGCUUCUCGUGUUGUUCAGGUCGUCGCCGAGACAGCAAGUAUCACGCUAGAGGAUGGCAGCCAGUUCCAUGGCGACGUGGUGUUGGGUGCCGAUGGAGUGCACUCGGUCACCCGGCAUGCCGUGCCUGGGGGCCAGCUCAAGGCAGAGUGCCGGGGCAAAAGCGCAUUUCGUUUCUUGGUCUCCAAGGAGGCUGCCGCAAAUGAUCCUAUCACGGCCAAGCUGGUCCAGCACCCCGGUGAGCUCAGCAUCUGGUAUGGCAACGAUUCACGCAUUAUCAUGUACCCUACUUCGGACAAUACUGUCCUGAACUUCGUAUUGAUCCAUCCGGAAGACGAGUCGGCGGCCGAUUCCGAUAAUUCUUGGGGCCAACAGGGCAACCUGGAGAAGAUGUUGCAGAUUUUCGACGGAUUCGACCCGACCAUUCUUCGACUCCUAGGCAAGGCCGACCCCCAGAGUGUCAAUGUGUGGAAGCUCCUGGACAUGGACAUCGUCCCCCAAUGGCAUCACCACCGUCUAGCUCUGCUCGGAGAUGCGGCCCAUCCGUUCCUGCCGCACCAGGGCCAGGGCGGCGCAGUCGCGAUCGAAGAUGCCAUCUCACUAGCGGUAGUCCUAUCUCCAGGAAUAUCAGCCACUGAGGUGCCUGAACGUCUCAGGCUCUACCAUGAUAUCCGGCACGAGCGAGCCACACGCAUCCAAGGUUUCUCGCGUACCAUUGGCGAAGAUCGUACGGACGACAAGCAGCUGGAUAUAUACGGCUUCACCAAUUUUAACUUCGGACAUGACGAGUGGGAUAAUUCGACUCAAUGUCUUCGUGAGUGGACGUGGAAGCAGAUUCCCGACCCCUACUGGCGCAUGCCUAUCGCCUUUGGCCCAAUGCCCGGACCGCGACAGACCCAUCUCGGUUUACCCCGCGAAGGCACAAACUCGACGUUUACAACGGUGUCAGUCAAGUUCAAGACCUCGCGAACCGUCCUGCAGAAUCUGUUCCCGCCUGGUCGCAAAGGAUGGCGGUUCACAUCUCCAGAUAGCGUUGCAUAUGCCUCCUUCUCCCAGACAACGCUGGACAACAUGGAGUGGCUGGGUGGGACAGGAUACAAGCAUAUUGGCUUGUACGUACACGGGGUUGAGUAUGUCAAGGAGGAUGGCUCGGUAAUUAAGGGCACCUACCUCCCCGUCCUUUUCGAGUCCUUGGCGGACCCCAUCAUUUCAGGCCGGGAGGAACUCGGAAUGCCCAAACUUUAUACCUCCAUCGAUGUAUACCGUCGUUCCAGCUCUUACCGCAUCCGCACCGGGUGGGAAGGGGCCCUCUGGGGUAACUUCUUACUAGAAGACCUGGUAGAAGUGGACCCAUCAACUACCACGGGUGCAUUAAGUGGAGAGGCCGAUGCGGGGAUCCUGACCUACAAGUACCUGCCCAAGAGUGGCCGCGCGAACAAGAAUAUUGCUGCGGAAGAAUAUACCGUCUUCGACCCCUUCUCCAAGGCUGUGCCGCCUCCACGACCACGAAGGGUUUACACGACCAAUAAGGCAAGUAUAGAAGUCGAUGGUUUGGAUUGGCAGCAGCUACCGACGCUCCACCACAUUAUUUCACGGCUCGCAGAAGUCCCCGUGUUCGAGAUUGUGGGGGCAAAAUUGGUGGAAGGGGACGGGGUGCCCGACUGUUCGGGAGCUGCACCGAUUGAGUAG